CGCCAGGGCUGCUGCUGCUGCUCGCUCCCUCCCUCCGCCGGUGGGUUCAGUCAGUCAGCCGGCAGCCCGCAGGCCCGCGAGCCGCACAGGGCCCGAGCCUCGGACGCCGGCGCCUCCUCCUGCCAUUGUUCCUCUGGCUGAAGCGGCGGCGGCGGACGCGGGAGCCCGGGCCCCGGGAGCUACCGCGCGAUCAUGACGACAGAGAAGAGUUUAGCUGCAGAGACUGAAGAUUCCGCGCAGCAACCACAGAAGGAAGAGGGGGAGGGAGCCGCACACGGAGGCCGCCAGGAGACUCAGCUGGAGGAAGCUUCUCCCCCAGGGGCCGAGGGAGACAACCAGUGUGAACCCAAGCCGCAGGCCUCUAAUGGAGACACCCCUACACACGAAGACUUGACCAGGAGCAAGGAGCAGCGGGCUGCAGAAAACAGAGGGCUGUCACGACUGCUCUCCUCCUUUCUCAAAAAGCCCAGAUCUCAGGUCUCUGAGGAGGAAGGCAGAGAAGUCGAGUCAGAUAAAGAAAAAGGUGAAAGGGGCCAGAAAGAAAUAGAAUUUGGAACCAGUCUUGAUGAAGAGAUCAUCUUAAAGGCCCCCAUUGCAGCUCCUGAGCCUGAACUCAAGACAGACCCGUCCUUGGAUCUUCAUUCAUUAAGCAGUGCAGAAACACAGCCUGCUCAGGAGGAACAGCUGGAAGAUCCAGGUCUUGAAUCUAAGGAAGGAGAGGGACUUGAAGAGUGCUCCAAAGUAGAAGUAAAAGGAGACAGUCCUCAAUCAAAAGCGGAGAAUCCAAAAGCUUCCCAGAAGUCAGUCAGAAGACACAGAAACAUGCACUGCAAGGUUUCUUUGUUGGACGACACUGUUUAUGAAUGUGUUGUGGAGAAACAUGCCAAGGGACAAGAUCUGCUUAAACGAGUGUGUGAGCACCUCAAUCUUUUGGAGGAAGACUACUUCGGUCUAGCCAUUUGGGACAAUGCAACCUCUAAGACAUGGUUGGACUCUGCCAAAGAAAUAAAAAAGCAGGCUCGUGGUAUUCCUUGGAAUUUCACGUUUAAUGUGAAGUUUUAUCCACCUGACCCAGCACAGUUAACUGAAGAUAUAACAAGAUACUACUUAUGUCUUCAACUUCGCCAGGACAUAGUUUCAGGACGUCUGCCAUGUUCCUUUGCAACCUUAGCAUUGUUAGGUUCUUAUACCAUCCAGUCUGAGUUGGGAGACUACGAUCCAGAACUCCACGGCGUGGAUUAUGUCAGUGAAUUUAAACUGGCUCCAAAUCAGACCAAGGAACUUGAAGAGAAGGUCAUGGAACUGCAUAAAUCAUACAGGUCCAUGACUCCAGCCCAAGCUGAUUUGGAAUUUCUUGAGAAUGCCAAAAAGUUGUCUAUGUAUGGAGUUGAUCUUCAUAAAGCAAAGGACUUGGAGGGCGUAGAUAUCAUCCUAGGUGUCUGCUCUAGCGGCCUUCUGGUUUACAAAGAUAAGCUGAGAAUUAACCGCUUUCCUUGGCCUAAAGUGCUGAAGAUUUCUUACAAACGUAGCAGCUUCUUCAUCAAGAUUCGUCCUGGAGAGCAAGAACAAUAUGAAAGUACCAUUGGGUUCAAACUUCCCAGCUAUCGAGCAGCUAAGAAAUUGUGGAAAGUCUGUGUAGAGCAUCACACAUUUUUCAGACUAACAUCAACAGACACCCUUCCCAAAAGCAAAUUUCUUGCCCUAGGAUCCAAAUUUCGAUACAGUGGCCGGACUCAGGCUCAGACCAGGCAAGCCAGUGCCCUCAUUGACAGGCCUGCCCCACACUUUGAGCGCACAGCAAGCAAACGGGCCUCCCGCAGCCUUGAUGGAGCAGCAGCCGCAGACUCAGCAGACCGGAGUCCUCGGCCCACCUCUGCACCAGCCAUUGCUCAGAGUCAGGUGUCAGAAGUCCCAGGAGCACCUGACAAAAAGGCAGCACAGAAGGAGACAGUGACAGUGGAGGUCAAAAGGGAAGAAGAACCGCCCGAACAAGCUGAGCCAGAGCCCACAGAAGCGUGGAAGGUGGAAAAAACCCACAUCGAGGUCACAGUCCCCACCUCAAGUGGUGAACAAACACAGAAAAAGAGAGAGAGACUAGAUGGUGAAAACAUUUAUAUCAGACAUAGCAAUUUAAUGUUGGAGGAUUUAGAUAAGAGUCAAGAAGAGAUCAAAAAGCAUCAUGCCAGCAUCAGUGAGCUGAAAAAGAACUUCAUGGAAUCUGUACCAGAACCACGGCCUAGUGAAUGGGAUAAGCGCUUAUCAACUCAUUCACCUUUCCGAUCUCUGAACAUCAAUGGGCAAGUCCCUACAGGAGAAGGAAAUAUAAAUGGCAUUCGCACAGAGGAGGUGGCUCUCGUGACAAAGGGGCUAUCUAACCCUGACUCUGACUGGGAGGGCCCCACACACUCGGUAGUUCCUAGUGAGAGCCAGAUGACUGCCCCAGCGGAGUCGCCACAAAGCUUUGGCUCUGUCUGCGUCUUCGUAAGCGGCAAGGAAAUGGAAGAGAAGGAGCAGGGGGAAGCUGAUUGUUUUGAUGCUAAGGAUCUGCUGAGAGUCCCAAGUGGGGAAUAUAUAGGAAUGGAGGAACAGGCCAGUGCCUGCAACUCCUCAGUCCCACCAGCCACCUGCCCGCUGCAACCUGGGGAGGAAAAGGCACAGAGUAGUGAAGAACACAUUGCACCAGCAGAGCCACACGAGAAGCAAAAUGGAUCAUUUCUUGACUCUCACGUGGGUAACCAGUUCCCCACCCUCAUUCGAAGUUUCCAGCCUCCCCUGGUGAAGACUCAAACUGUCACCAUCUCAGAUACUGCCAACGCUGUAAAAAGUGAAAUCCCAACCAAAGAUGUGCCUAUUGUCCACACCGAGACCAAGACCAUCACUUACGAGGCUGCCCAGACUGACGACAGCAAUGGGGACUUGGACCCAGGCAUCUUGCUGACAGCUCAGACCAUCACGUCCGAGACCACAAGCAGCACCACCACGACUCAGAUUACCAAGACUGUCAAAGGUGGAAUUUCUGAGACCCGGAUUGAAAAGAGAAUUGUGAUCACAGGAGAUGCUGAUAUUGACCAUGACCAGGUCCUUGUCCAAGCCAUCAAGGAGGCAAAGGAACAGCACCCAGACAUGUCCGUGACCAAGGUGGUCGUCCAUCAGGAGACCGAGAUUGCUGAGGACUGAGCUCAGGAACUAGCCCGCCCCGACUCCCUGCCUUCCUCCCUCCACGAGAAACCAGAGAAAUGAUGCCGAAGCUCACCUGCAGACUUGCAAGAUGACCCUAAACCGCCAGAAAAUGAGAUUCCUUUUCUAUUUGGAGUUUAUAUCAAGAGACUCUUCUAGAUACUUUUGAAGACCUUUUUCUAUAGGAUGAUACCAGAAAUUAUUCAACUUUUCUGUCUACAGUUUUUAGAGAAUUUUUUUUUUCCCCAUGGGGUGAUUUGUAACCGCUUGCACCUAGCCUCUCCUCACCGAUUUCCAACCCAGAUAUCGACAGGGUCCACAGACCCCUUCAGGGAACUUUCCAGACUCCGUCGCCCCGGUUGGAGGCCAGAGCCAGCUGGGAGAGGUCUUCCUGCUUUCCCCUCCUGCCCCUGGUUUGAUGCCCUUUGGAUGACAGCAGCAACUUCAUGAACCAGCACUCUCAGAGCCAAUAAUGUGAUGUUACCAGAAUGUCUGGCAGGACAACUACCUGACCCACAGACCCCAGGAAAACGUUCCUGUCUGUUGAGGGUUUGGGGUGAGGCUAAGGAUAUAGUGGGAUUUGUUUUUGUUUUUGUUUUUUGGGGUUUUCUCUCCUCUCUCUCUCUCCCCUCUUUCAUUCUUCUUUGGAGCUUUUUAAUGUUGAGGACCUAGGCAGUUGCUCCUGAUCUCUGAUACUGUGAAUGUUUGAACAUAUCUGUGGCCUUCACCUCCCCAGCUGCCCAUUUACCUCGUCAGAAGGCACGCCUCCUCCUCCCCAGCUCCCAUCUCAGACCCAAACUCACAGGAAAAUAGGCACUUCUGGCCAGAAGCUGUAAUAACACAUGUGGUGAUUUAGAGAAACAAGCCGGCGAGGUGAAGUCCAGGGGGUGUGCAUGUCACACGAGGGAGAGUGGAGCUUACCUCUGUCGGAUCCCCCUAACAGCCAGUUGCGGGGACCACUCACUGUCUCUCGCCUGCAGUGACGGAGAAUGUAGUGGGAGAGGGCUGUGUCCUGAGAACUUUGCUCCCAACGGGUGCCUGCCGAAAGACACCCUUGGAGAAGGAAUUACCAUUUAGGUAAUUCAGCUUUCCCUCACAUGGCAAGGGGUACAGGCCCCAGCUCUGCUCGGUCCCACUGACCAGCCAAGGUCUGUAAGGGUCUGUAUGCUUGAGUUUGUGGUGGGCUUGGGCUUUAGUUGUUGUUUCUCUUGGUUUUGAUUUUGCAAAUAAGGCUAAUGUCCUCAAAUCCUGGUAAGCAUUUGGGUUUCAGUUCAAUAGGACUUCUCUCAGCUUCCGGCUUGCUUCCCACAAACAGAUCUGCCUGGCAGCCUGUUAGGAUCCUAAUUCUAGGCUUACAUGUAAACUUCAUGAGUUAAGACAUGAGUCACAGACAUCCACUGCUGGGGUCAAGGGCAGUGAGUGAGCACAAGCCCCCACCCCGCCAUAGGAGCCAGCAGCCAUGUGUCUGCUGUCCCUGUGGAGUUUGCGCAGACAGACCCAGCACACUGAACAAAUUCAGGUGUGCAUCAUUCCUUCCCUUCUCACGUAGGACUGUUCUACCAGUAGGCAGCUCCUUAGUGAAGGAGGGAAAGAGAGGGUGCUGGUAAGGGGUGGGGGCGGGUGACAGGCUUGGGGGAAGGAGCAAAGGUAAGGUCUGAAGGGGCCGGCCUGUCAGGGCAGUGCCCAAGCCAGAGCCACAUUGCCAGGAAAUCCACCUGAGGUCAAGCCAGCAUGGACUGUGAGCUCACACACGUGCAGUGAGGGUGGGGAAGGGGAGGGUACAGAUGUCCCCAGCGAGUCUCCUGGAAGGCUGUGGAUGAUGCUGCAGACCCAGAAGGAGACCCAGAUGGAGUUCCUGGUCUCUGGCCCCGGGCUAUGGUUGGCAUUUGGGGAGUGAAUCAAUAGGUAAAGAAUCUCUUUUACUCUGCCUUUCAAGUAGAUAGAAAUAUUUUUUUAAAAGAGGAAAAUGACAGUGUAGCAGCUCUUCUGGCCUGCACCUGGGAGUCUCCAGGUGCCAUCAGCUCAGUGGCCAGCUCGCCUCCUCCAACUGCUGUCCAAUGAGCGCGCCAGAGACCUCUCCUGCCUUUCCAAAUCAUGAAUUUUGGCCAUUGUUUGCAUUUUCCCCCCCCUUUCUGCAGGCGUGUGUUUGUGUGUGUAAAGAAAAGCACACUUGUCCAGGUAGCCACGGUGCAGGGAAAGGGAAGUGACCAUUUCCAGAGUCAGACGCUUAACAGUGUCUUCCUAAAGCGACUCAGACACACCACAGCAACAGCUCCUGCUGCAAUUUUAUUUUCGCUUGAGAAACAAAAGAUCUCCCCCCAAGCCACGCAAGAUCUCUGCCACCCCUCCACAAAGCUGAGGGCUCAGGGAGCCUAAAUGACGGGUCCAGCAGGGUGCCUUUGCCCCAUGCCCUGCGGGGAUGCAGCCAGAGCUGUGACCACACACCAGCACCUCUCAGCACCCCUGGGAAAUCUGCCCAGGGCUGGUGAUUUUUGACAUAUCUCUCUCAAAUGUAUUAUUUUGGUGACAAAAAUGAAGGAGCUUUGUAAAAUUUUUUAAAAAUUAUGAAUCAUAUCAAGUAGUUUACAUUUCUUGACAAAAUAGGAACUAUGGCAGCAGAAUCAAAUUGGCAAAACUCUUUAGAUUAAAUAGGCAAUAAUUAGGUCUGCUGUUUGGCCUUUUGUAGUAAGAAAAGUGGUUGUAGUGCUGAGAUAUGUAUCUGGUCUUGCUUCUUGUAUUGCAUUUUUCAAUAAACUUCAAAAAAAAAAAAAAA